GGCUCUCCCCAGAGUCGGGCAGACGGCGGCGGCGGCGGUGUCUCCUCACCCUCCCUCCUUCCCUUCCCUCCCGGGUCUGGCCGCCCAGCCCGACGGGUUAGCGGGAGCCAGCACCCGGCCCGCGGGUACUUUGGCCUCGGAGCGUAGGAGCCAGAACUGGGAGAGCCGGGCGGGCCGACGGGCUGGGCACCUCCCCGCGGCCCAGGGCGCGGAGUCCACCGGCCGGCUCAAAGAUAUGGCGCUGACGGUGGAUGUGGUGGGGCCAGGGCCCUGGGGCUUCCGGAUCACUGGGGGCAGGGAUUUCCACACGCCCAUCAUGGUGAGCAAGGUAACUGAGAGGGGCAAGGCUGAGGCUGCUGACCUCCGGCCUGGCGACAUUAUCCUGGCCAUCAACGGGGAGAGCGCUGAGGGCAUGCUUCAUGCUGAGGCCCAGAGCAAGAUCCGCCAUAGCCCCUCACCCCUGCGGCUGCAGCUAGACCGGUCCCGGGCUGCUUCCCCCAGGCAGACCAAUGGGGAAAGCUCUGUGGAAGUGCUGGUGACUCGCUUCCAGGGCUCCAUGAGGACACAUGCGGACAGCCAGUCCUCCCUGCGGUCUUCCUGCUCCAGCCCCGUGUCCUCCAGCCCCCAGCCAGGCAGCCCCUUCUCUACCCUGUCCCCCAGCAGCCCACAUGCCCUCCCUGGAGAGGCUGUGGUCAGCCGCAGUUUCCAGAGCCUGGCACACUCCCCAGGACCCACUGCUGCUGACCGCUUCUCCUACGGGGGCCGCCCUGGAAGCCGCCAG